AUGAAAUCUGUUCUGAUUACUGGCUGCGGCAAGGGCGGAAUUGGAGAGGCGUUGGCGUUACAGUAUCAUGCUCGAGGCUUUACCGUUCUGGCUACUCUUCUGCCAUCUGAAUCUAAGGAGCACCUCUUAUCGGUCGGCAUCACUUGUUUCGAGCUGGACGUGACCAACGAGGAGUCUGUGUCCGUCCUGCGCAAGGCAGUCGAGGAAAUCGGAGAUCGCUUGGAUAUUCUGGUCAACAAUGCUGGAAUCUGCUAUACCAUGACUGCCAUCGACACGGAUGUGCACCAAGUGCAGCAAAUGUUUAAUGUCAACGUUUUUGGGCCAAUGAGAAUGGUACACGCAUUUCAUCCAUUCCUGAUCAAAGCCAAGGGAUGUAUCAUCAACAUUGGUUCAGUUGGGGGCAUCGUGCCAUACAUGUACGGCUCUUCAUACAACGCAAGCAAAGCAGCACUUCACCACUGGGGAAAUACUCUGCGAGUGGAAAUGAGUCCAUUCAAUGUCCGAGUUAUUAACAUCAUAUCCGGAAAUAUCGGGACUAAUAUUCUCCACCGUGACGCCUCCCGUUCUCUCCCCAAAGGUACGUUGAAGAUCGCGGAUCGCAAUCUCCAGAGCCAACCGUCACUGACCGAGCCAGACUCUUUCUACACUCCGCUCCAGGAGGAGUUCCAGGCCCAUGUCAAACGGAUCCCUAAUACCACCGACCGCAUGGUGUACGCCAAUUCCGUGGUACAACAGUCGCUCCGACGGUGUCCACCUGCUUGGUACUGGGUAGGAAAUACCUCGAGCAUUGUAUGGUUCAUGGAUGUAUUCGGGUUUCGCACUGUCUGGGACUAUGUUCAAUGGCCUGUCUUUAACCUGGGAAAGUUGAAGAGAGCAGCAUUAUCGAACUGA